UUUAUAAUCAGUUAAUAUAAACUGUUACAUCAAUAAAGUUAGUGAUAUCAUUUAUAUAAAAUGAAUUUAUUAAUAAAUUAUUUUGUUUGUAUAUUGAUUUUUGUAAAAUGUCACGCUAGAAUUAAUAUAAACAUAAAAGUUGCCUCAAGUAAGGGAGGUACUGCAGUGUCUUUUAAUGGUACUGAUAUGAAAUUAGUUAGUGAAAAGGAAGUAAAGAUUUACAAUAUAACUGAUUAUAAUUUGAACAAAGGCUUAAGAAUCGAACUUGGCAAAGCACCUGAUAAUAUAUUCCUUAAAGAUCCAACUACAUAUGGCAAUUUAUACUCUAAUUAUAAAUGGAAAGAAAUACAUAGAAAAUUGUAUAUAAAAAGUGCUAAAAUUAUCGACAUUGUAAAUGAGAAAGUUGAAUUAAAAUCACGUAAUUAUAUCAAUAAUACAACCAGGAAAGCGAAAAUCAAAGUGAAUUUGCACGAGCCAGUCGAAACAAUAAUAUCCUCUUUUUGGGAUAAAGAUGGAUUCCAUGAUGACAUAUACUACAAUAUCAUCGUAGAUCAUUAUAAAACUAAAUUAAAUUUCACAAAUAAAUGGAUGGAUAAUAAUUUCAAAUCAAAGAAAUCAAUAUUUGGAAUGAGUAAUGUUGGUUUUAUAAAUAUCGCACCAGGUAACACUGUCACGACUAAACUAACCGCUAAAAGAACUGUAAUUCUACUUAAAGUUAAAUAUACCUCUAGUCUUAUAGGAAAUUUGGUUAUUAAUUACGCAAGAGUAUAUGGAAAAUAUCAUUUUUAUGCACCAAACAUAUCAAACAUAAUGAAAGCGGCUAAAUUGAAUAAUGAAAUUAUUAUAACUGAAGCUAUUGAAAUUAAGUCUUAUACAGAUCCAGUUUUAGACGUGAUUGAUAAUAGUACGGGUAAGCAGAUGCCCAUGAUAUUCAUAAAUAAACGAUUCCAUCAAAGGAAGCUCAAAAAAUCAUUAAGUAUUAUAAAUAAAACAGCAACAAUAAAAUAAUU